AUGUCCUCCACGGCAUCUUUGUCGCCGUCGUCCCGUUCUCGCCGUCCCACGACACCAGUCAAUAAUGAGACGGAGAAGAGAGACAGGCUCUCUGGCGGCAUUCGACUUGUUCCGUAUUCUCCACCACGACUAAGCGGAGAAGGGGAUUCAACAGGGGACGCCCAUGGACCACCUUCAGAUCACAGGCGCCGCAGCAGCAACAGCCAGAAUGUGAACUGGAAGGACCCAUUUACCACCAACCCAACGACUAAAAAGAAAAACCCUCCUACUCAAGAUGGAUUGUCUGCAACACAUCCCAGCUCAAUACUGACAUCGCCUACCUCUUCCGUCGUCUCAUUUGGGGAGGCCAAGGGCAGAGGCGUUUCAGGGACGAAACCUGGUUCGGAUUCUGGCGCAGGACCCUCCACACCAAAAGCCCCUGUCUAUAGCAAGCCCUCGUAUGGCAGCGGCAGCACCAUGAGUGGCCUCGAUGCACCUCCGGAUAUUCAGCAGCAUGGCGCUACACUCACAUCACCGUCCAAGACGCCCCGGUCGAGACGAGCAAAUCAUAUUGCCCUGCAUCCCGACAGCAAGACCUUUUCGAUUGUACUAAAGCCCACUGGAAAUCAACGAUGGUCAGGACAACGACUUUCAGCCCAAUCGGCCCAGUCGGGAAUCUCGGAUUCUACUCUCAGAUCUCCACCACCGUCGACUUAUUCAACUGUGACCUCGCAUGACGGAUUUUCGUCUGAUGCAGCUGAUGACGACCGGCGCAGCUCCGCAUUGAGCUCACUGGCCGAACGUGGCGUCUCGCCCUUCACACCGGCCUCCCUGGUUUCGACAGAGGCACCGGAAGAUCAAUCAACAUCCUCCUGGAGCUCCCGCAUGAUAGGUGGUCUGCGGAGGGUAGAAUCAACAACACCUGAACCAACCGACAAAGGCAAAGGCAAAGAAGUUGCUGAGCAACCUAGCUCAUCAACUCUGUCGCCCCUAAAGGAGGCGCCUCCAUCUCCAACAUUCGGUUCCUCCAUCUUGACAGCGAAACCCUCCUGGAACUCACAGACCUCUCAGGUGACAGACUCGACCGUCGAUGAGCACACAAAUGUCAAGGUCCUAGCCCAGAGCUCGCCAGUGGAUACUGACUCGGAGGGCUCGCCGGUGAAUCCAUCAUCGAGCUCAUCGAAUUUCAAGGUAUUUGGAGAGUCAUCACCACCCCGGGCAAAUGAAUCGUCACCACCUCGAGCUGCCUAUGACUCUUCUCCACCGCGCUCCUACAACUCUUCACCUCCGCGAGCCUACGACUCUACACCACCACGUGCCUACGAAUCAUCGCCGCCACGAGCCUAUGACACUUCCCCCCAAGUAUUUGUAGGCGCCCCUGCGACUCGAAAUUAUACCGUGUACGCUGGCUCGUCUCCCGCUUCAUCGCUUCCGCCCAGGCCCCGUGGUCCGCGACCUCAGUCCUCCGACGGCAGUCUUGCGACACGUGACCAGUACUCCCAGGAGAGCUUGCUCGUCCGCCCAUUGAACCCGCUAGGAAGGGAUUCACCCGGGUACAGUAGGCAGGCAUCUAGAGAAAGCCUCCGGCGCGCGAAUUCCUUCUCGUCGAUAUCAAGCUUAGCAACUGCAGACACUGCCUCCUUGAUUACUGGAGGCACACCAAACGUUGUGCGCCUGGCUACGACGCCCUCGAUCUCCUCUCUGCGACAACCUGCAUGGCCAACACAGCCCAGUGCUGUUCACCACAACCCGGCGCCACGUAUGGAAGCGCAACCGCAUGUAUGGAGUUCUCAGCUCUCGACCGUCAUGUCCGAAGACGAAGGCAGCGAUCUGGCUUCUCGCCAUCUAUCAUCAUCGUCAGCACCAGACCGGAGCAUCGGUCACAGUAGCAGGCACAGCAGGCAGAUGCUCAGCAUAUCGUCAUCUAUCAUGGCCGGAGAAGACCUUUCGUCUUCAGACUCGCGAUCUCACACUAGGUCGAGCUCUGGGCCAUUUAUGAUGCGUGGAGGCAGAGACGGCGCACAGCCAACUGUUCGAGACCAUGACGAGGACGGCGAUGGAUUGGCCGACUUGCAUGAACUGCACCACAAAGGAUCUCGGCCCCGACUUUCUCACAUGCUGAACCAUAAAUCCUCGGAUAGAAGUCUGCGAUCUUCCAUCAGCUCGCGAGCUGGAAAUCUCAGCGCUUCAAGCCUUCCGCAAUGGGCUAGGAUAUACUAUGGUAGCGGCGAGCGCAAGUGGCAUCAGGCACCCUCAAUCUUGUCUUACUCGGACGACAGUCGACCACCAAGUUCCUUCAGAACCUCGGGUUCUCCCGUGGAUGACGGAUACCCGUCCACCCUCUUCAGCCCUAGGAGGCGGCCUCGGGAUUUUAACCCGGACGCAAGCCCUACUUCGCCCGAUACGAACAACAGGCGUUUCUCAGGUCUUCACAAAGGUUUGAAACGCAUGACGAGUAGUCUCUGGUCUCCGCACUUGGAAGAGGAUCGCCGAGCUCAGGACCCAAGUAUGUGGCAGGGCCCCCCAAAGGCCUCGGACACUGGAAUCUUUGGAGCGCGCAACAGACAGGUGUUUCUGUUUGCUUUCGGCUUCAUCUUCCCCUUUGCCUGGAUGGUUGCAUCAUUCCUGCCAUUGCCGCCAAGAUCCACCCUUGAUAUGGUUGAGCGCGGGUACAGCACGACUCAAUUCAAGAUUCCCGAAACUCCAGAACCGCUAGCGAAGCAAACUCGGGCGGUCGACAAGAAGCGAUUUUUGAGCGCCAGGUGGUGGCGCAAUAUGAACCGCAUCAUGAGCGUAAUUGGCCUGUUGGUCAUUGGAGCCAUCAUUGCCUUGGCCGUCAUUGGUUAUUGGCAAAACAUGAGCCAGUCAUAG